AUGCCUCUGCCCUCUGCUGCGCUUUUCGACAGCACCCACCUUUCAAGAGGGUGGGACUUGCAGAAGCGCCGGAACGGAGGGGGAUGUGACAGCGGGUCCCGGAGGAUGGCCGGUACGGCAGCCAAGCGCGCGCCUUUGCCAGCACGAACAGGCUCCGUCGUCGCCGGCUAG